CCGGAUCAUGUAGCUAAACUACACGCCGACAGUGAUAUAGGUUUCAGUCGAGAGUAUAAUGAGAUACUGAGAUACAGCGUAGAUUCAGUAAAUGCUACCAGUGAACAUUCAAGUCACCCAGACAACAAACAUAAAAACAGAUACCUGAAUAUUGUCGCCUACGACCAUAGUCGAGUUCAGCUGUCGGUCCUACCAGGGCAGAAGAAAACAUCUGAUUAUAUCAAUUCUAAUUAUAUUGACGGUUUCCAGAAAUUUCAAGCGUAUAUAGGAUCCCAGGGACCUUUGGAUGAAACCUUUGAUUCAUUUUGGCGGAUGAUUUGGGAGCAAAGGGUUCAUGUUAUUGUUAUGAUAACUAACCUAGUGGAGAGGGGGAGACGAAAGUGCGACAUGUAUUGGCCGAAGGAAGGAACCGCAACUUACGGACAAAUUGAUGUCACACUGGUCAAAGAAGAGGUUCGGGCAAACUACACGUUGCGGCAAAUGCGCGUGAAGCACCGGAAAUUAAAAAAGAAGAAAUGGAUUUGUAGUGAGCGUGAAGUAAACCAGUUCCAUUACACAGGUUGGCCGGACCACGGGACCCCGGAGGCCACCCUCCCCGUCCUCUCCUUCAUCAGAAAGUCCGUGGCCUCCAAUCCUGAGGACGGAGGCCCCAUUAUCGUCCAUUGUAGUGCCGGAGUCGGCAGAACAGGGACGUAUAUCGUUAUUGACGCAAUGAUGAAGCAGGCGGCUGCCAAGAAUGAGAUGAAUAUAUUUGGUUUCCUCAAGCAUAUUCGAAGCCAGAGAAACCACCUGGUUCAGACGGAGGAGCAGUAUAUCUUCCUUCACGAUGCUCUUGUAGAAUUCCUAGCUUCCGGAGACACAGAGGUUGCUCUGGAGGAUAUAUCUGAUCAUAUUCUCUCAUUGGCCCAACCCGUCUCAGAUUUUGAACCAAUGACAAGGCUGGAAAAACAGUACAGUAACGUUGUCACGUUCUCUCCUUCAGAAUACGAUAUUAUUGCUGCCAGGAAAUCGUAUAACGAGACAAAGAACCGGGCCCAUGAUCUAGUUCCAAUUGAGAUCGCCAAGGUUGGACUCACACCUAAACCUUGUAUCGAGGGAAGUGAUUAUAUUAAUGCUUCAUGGUUACAGGGAUAUGAGAAGUUGAAGGAGUUUAUUGUAACCCAGCAUCCUUCUACUGAGACUAGGGAUGCAUUCUGGAGUAUGCUUUGGGAUCAUAAUGCACAAACAGUUGUACUACUUUCACCAGUUGAUAAUCAGGAGUUGAACGUGUUUUGGCCUGGACAUAAUGAAGAAUACGAUCAGGAAUGUUUCCGUGUUCGGUUUAUUGAAGAACAGAUUCAUGAAGGACACUCAACCCUUGACUUUGUCGUAUCCUCGAGAUAUGAUGAUUAUGAACUUAAAGUCAGGAUGAUCAGAUGUGCAGGAUGGCCACACAGUUCGUCACCACUGUAUAAAGUUCUGGAUGUUGUGAAUUUGGUUCAGGAAUGGCAUCUAGAGUAUCAGAACGGACCUCUGGUUGUUGUUGAUAGAUUUGGAGGAACUGAAGCUGCCACUUUCUGUGCUCUUACCACUCUCAAGAAACAAAUAGAUGCUGAAAAUCGUGUUGACGUUUAUCAAGUCUGUAAACUGUAUCAUAACAAAAGACCUGGUAUAUGGAGAAGUCAGGAUGAUUAUCUGUAUAUAUAUAGGGUUCUGGAGAGUUUGGCUGGGUGUAUAGAAGGAGAAACUGCAAACUGUCUAAUCUCAGAUACUGAGAAUCUCAUAGAACGACGACAUUCAAGGUUAUAGUUUAAUUUGGAGAAC